GUUGCCCCACAAACCUUCCUGUUCCUCCUCCCCUCCCGUGGCCGCGGCCCGCCCUGGGCAGGGAUCCCAGCUCCCCAGUCUCCCUCCUCCAGCCCCGAGUGCCUGCAACCCCUCGGGAUGGCGUCCCAGCAGCUGCGGGCCCAGACCCUGCCCCUCUCCCCCGGGGCCCAGGAGCGGGGCUGGCAACAGCAGUUCGAAGGGGCCUGGGAGCUGGGCCGCAGGGGGGUCCCCCUGCCCAGGGACCCUGACUGGAAAGCCCUGUGCGAGCGCAAGCCCUUCGAGAGGAACCUGCUACAGAGCCCGAACCCCGAAGGUGUGAACAUUUCGGAGCCAGCUCCUCGCCAGCCACCCAACAGUCCCCGGGGGCCGCUGGAGUCCUUGGGUAAUUUCAGCGGCUGGGCCAUUAGCACCGAGGAGCUCCCUCCCCAGACGGGCGACAAGAAGCCCGGCUCUGCGGCUCCGCGCUUGAGCUGGUGCAUCAAACAGCAGCGGGUCGACCUGCUGGCCGAGGGGCUGUGGGAAGAGCUCCUGGACUCCUACCAGCCGAACAUCACCGUCAUGGACUGGUACGAAGACAGCCGUCUGGCCGAAACCGUGUACCAGCUGCACGUCCGGCUUCUGUCCGCGGACGGGCAGACGCCCCUGCGGGAAUUCCACCACCAGGGCCCCGAGCACGGGGCAUCCCAGGAGAAGAAGAACUGGUGCCAUGUUUCCCACGUUUUCCAUGACUAUGGCCCGGGAGCGCGCUACGUCCAUUUCCAGCACCGGACCUUGGACGCCGAGACGCCGGGUGGGUUCUGCCGCACCAGAGCGACGGACAGCAGCGUCUCCGUGCAGCUGCGGGACUGACGGAUGGGCCGGCAGCCGGGGGGUGGGGGAGGGCGCGGUUCGGUUUCUGUUCCCCCGGGGGCUGACGGCAGUACCUGGGCAAAAGCCGGUGCUGGAUUCACUGGGAGCGGAGAGCCGUGUCCCCUCUCUGUGCCCUGGGGGCAAAGCGGGGGCUGGGUGAGGCCUGUCAGGUCAGUCUCACCGUGAGGGGCUGGGAGCCAGGACUCCUGGGUUCUAUGCCCAGCUCUGGGAGGGGUAUGGGGGGUCUAGU